AUGAACAGUAUCGGGGAGGCUUGCACCCACAUGAAGCACAAGUACGACCAGUGCUUCAAUCUCUUGUUUGCCAAAAAGUUUCUCAAGGGAGAUGGCUCUGAGGACCCAUAUGAUGACCUCUUCAAGAGCUACCAGAAGUGCAUCCAGAAAGCAGUAAAAGAGAAAGAGAUUCCUAUUGAAAGACUGGAGUUCAUAGGCCAUGGCAAAAAAAAAAAAAAAAAAUCUCCCUGGCAACCGUUGCGCGCCGGGCAGCGGCCGAAGAAGUGCUGCCACGCCAAGGAAGUGCUGCCACGCCUGCCACGGGAUCCGCUGCAGGCGGUGCGGCGUCGCAUUCAGGAGCUGAAGCAGCAGGAGUCCAAUGUGUUUGCUUUGGAGCCAUUUUUAGCCCACGAGUAA